AUAGAAUCGGAGAGAAAUUGGGAGGAUUCACAGGAUCCGAACCCGCUGAUCCGUGCCCUAGCUGUGCGGACUAUGGGCUGCAUUCGUGUUGAUAAAAUCACAGAAUAUCUAUGUGAUCCUCUUCAAAAGUGGGGUCAAGUUUUUAUAUUAGAUGCUUUAUCGAAGUAUAAAGCAGCUGAUCCCCGUGAAGCUGAAAAUAUUGUUGAGAGAGUCACGCCAAGGUUGCAACAUGCAAACUGCGCAGUUGUGCUUUCAGCUGUUAAGAUGAUCCUUCAACAAAUGGAACUUAUUACUAGUACAGACGUAAUUCGAAAUCUUUGCAAGAAGAUGGCUCCACCCCUUGUUACAUUGCUCUCUGCGGAACCUGAGAUUCAGUAUGUUGCACUUCGUAACAUUAAUCUUAUUGUGCAAAAACGACCCACCAUCCUUGCCCAUGAAAUCAAGGUUUUCUUCUGCAAGUAUAACGACCCAAUUUAUGUUAAGAUGGAGAAGUUGGAGAUUAUGAUAAAACUUGCCUCUGACAGAAACAUAGACCAGGUUCUUCUGGAGUUCAAAGAGUAUGCCACGGAAGUAGAUGUCGAUUUUGUUAGAAAGGCUGUUCGUGCUAUAGGCCGAUGUGCUAUCAAACUAGAGAGAGCAGCCGAACGUUGCAUCAGUGUUUUGCUUGAGUUGAUCAAGAUCAAAGUAAAUUACGUUGUUCAAGAGGCAAUUAUUGUCAUCAAAGAUAUCUUCAGAAGAUAUCCAAACACGUACGAGUCAAUAAUUGCCACACUCUGUGAGAGUUUAGAUACUUUGGAUGAACCAGAAGCUAAGGCAUCUAUGAUAUGGAUCAUUGGUGAAUAUGCUGAACGAAUUGACAACGCCGACGAGCUUCUUGAAAGUUUUCUUGAGAGUUUUCCUGAGGAACCAGCACAGGUCCAGCUGCAGCUUCUUACUGCUACAGUUAAGCUAUUUCUGAAGAAGCCAACUGAAGGACCUCAACAAAUGAUUCAGGUUGUCUUGAAUAAUGCCACUGUAGAGACGGAUAAUCCUGAUCUCAGAGAUCGUGCAUACAUAUACUGGCGUCUUCUAUCUACUGAUCCUGAGGCGGCGAAAGAUGUUGUUUUAGCGGAAAAGCCCGUGAUUACUGACGAUUCAAACCAACUCGACCCAUCACUCCUUGACGAGCUGCUCACAAACAUCUCCACCUUGUCCUCUGUGUACCACAAACCCCCAGAGGCUUUUGUGACCCGCUUGAAAACGACAGUUCAGAAAACAGAGGACGAGGACUUUGCGGAAGGAAGCGAAACAGGAUACUCAUCCAGUAAUCCGGUUGAUAGCGCAGCUUCUCCUCCAGCUUCCAUAGGUAAUGUCGCACACCCUGCAGGAAGACAACCAGCUCCUGCACCGGCGGUCCCAGCUCCUGUCCCCGAUCUGCUAGGUGACUUGAUGGGAUUGGACAAUGCCGCGAUUGUCCCUGUUGAUGAACCCACGACUCCCUCUGGGCCUCCCUUGCCCGUUGUCGUGCCGGCUUCAACCGGUCAAGGUCUGCAGAUAAGCGCUCAACUAACCCGAAGAGACGGACAAGUAUUCUACAGUAUGCUCUUCGAGAACAACACUCAGGCGGUACUUGAUGGUUUCAUGAUUCAGUUCAACAAGAACACAUUCGGUCUCGCAGCUGCUGGACCUCUUCAGAUUCCGCCUUUGCAACCGGGAACAUCUGCGAGGACAAUGCUACCUAUGGUCUUGAUGCAGAACAUGUCUGCUGGUCCUCCAAGCUCGCUCUUACAAGUCGCUGUCAAAAACAAUCAGCAGCCUGUUUGGUACUUCUCCGACAAGAUUAUACUUCAUGCUCUUUUCGGUGAAGACGGUAGAAUGGAACGUGGAACCUUCCUCGAGACAUGGAGGUCGUUACCGGACACGAACGAAGUCCAGAAAGAAUUCCCCGGGAUCACCAUCACGAGCGUGGAAUCAACCAUUGAUUUGCUCGCAGCGUUCAAUAUGUUCUUCAUAGCAAAGCGCAAGAACGGGAGCCAAGAUGUGAUAUAUUUAUCAGCAAAGGUUCCGAGAGAUGUACCGUUCUUGAUCGAACUCACUGCAAUGGUGGGCCAAGCAGGUCUCAAAUGCGCAGUGAAAACUCCCACUCCCGAGAUCGCUCCUCUCUUCUUCGAAGCCGUCGAGCUUCUCUUCAAGGCUUGA